AUGGCAAGCAAUAAUGAAAAGGCAGCAGCAACAGGGCGACAAAGGAGGGCUAUCGGGACUGCUACAAAGCUGGACCCUAUUCCUCAAGGAUCCACGCUGCGCAAGCGACCGCUCAUCCGGCGGCCCCUGCCAGCGUCCUCCAAGGACCGCAUCAUCUACGUGUCGUCGAGCACGCCCUUCAUGGCGGCCGUGAAGCGCGCGCGCAAGCAGCUAGACCGGUCGCUCAAGUCGGGCGGGAGCUCGCAAGCCGCGCGCAAGAACGCGUCGCUGCACGCGCGCAUCGAGAGCCUGAAGCGCGACGUCGAGCGGGACAGCAGCCGCAGCCGCAGCAGCGACAAUGAGGCGUACGGCGCGUCCGUCACGCUCCUGGGCACCGGCAAGGCGGUCGAGAAGACGCUCGCCUUGGCGGGCUGGUUUGAGCAGCAGCCUGAUUGCCGCGUGGCGGUCAGGACUCGAACCGUGUCGACGGUGGAUGAUGUGGUGACGGGGGCAGAGCAGGGCGGCGCCGCGGCGGCGGAGCAGGAAGAGGAGGAUGAGAGCAGGCUCCGUCGGCUGAGUUGCCUAGAGGUUGUCGUGAGCUUGAAGUGA